AUGGCAUUUAUAACCAAUCUUGGCGGUACACUCUUGCACAGAGAGGGGGCUGGAGUAUGCCGCCUAAAUACUUACAUCUGGGGGCGGCCGGUGGACGGGCCUUUAGGGUAUAAGUCUCCAAAGAACAAAGCUGAUGGGGAGGAAUGCGAGCCGGAAGUCAAAACCGAGCCGCCCGUCGAAGACUCGGACAAAGAUGGCGGCGCUCUCGAAGCGAAAAUGUCGCUUCUCAACGGCAUCACCGUCAUAGUUGGCUCCAUUAUCGGCAGCGGGAUUUUCGUGUCACCCACGGGAGUAUUGAAGUACACAGGCUCAGUUAAUGCCAGCCUUCUGGUGUGGAUUGCUUCGGGUGUCUUCAGUAUGAUCGGUGCCUACUGCUACGCGGAGUUGGGCACUAUGAUCAGACUGAGCGGUGCAGAUUACGCGUAUAUCAUGGAGACGUUUGGACCAUUCGCGGCCUUCAUCCGUCUGUGGAUCGAGUGCAUGAUCGUGCGGCCAUGCUCCCAGGCUAUAGUCGCUCUCACCUUCAGCGUGUACGUUCUGAAGCCGGUCUUCCCUGAAUGUGAUCCCCCUGAAGACGCCACAAGACUACUGGCUGCUUGCUGCAUACUGCUCCUGACCUUCGUAAACUGCUGGUCGGUGCGCGCGGCCACCAGGGUCCAGGACUGGUUCACGUAUGCCAAACUCCUCGCGCUGUUCAUCAUAAUCGCGGCCGGGAUCUACCAGCUGUGUAGAGGCAAAGUGGAGCACUUUACAUUCGAAGGAACGACGAGUGACGUCACUUCUAUCGCCCUCUCUUUCUAUUCCGGUCUGUUCGCUUACAACGGAUGGAACUACUUGAACUUCAUAAUCGAGGAGCUGAAAGACCCCGUGAAGAACUUGCCACGGGCCAUCGCCAUCUCCUGCGCGCUGGUGACCGUCGUCUACACUUUCACCAACGUCGCUUUCUACACCACACUCUCACCCACCGAGGUUCUAGGUUCGGCAGCGGUGGCUGUGACCUUCGCCGAGCGUCUGUUCGGGUGGUUUGCCUUGUGCAUCCCCCUCUUUGUGGCCGCCUCGACCUUCGGCGCAGUCAACGGCGUGCUGCUGACCUCUUCCAGGCUGUUCUACGCUGGCGCGGCGCAGGGCCAGCUGCCGGGGGUCCUGACCAUGGUGUCGGCGCGGGCCACCCCUGCGCCGGCGGUGCUAGCGGUGGCACUGCUGUCCCUCCUCUACCUGACGGUCUCCGACAUCUACGCGCUGAUCAACUACGUCGGCUUCGCUACAUGGCUGAGCAUUGGUGCGGCCGUGCUCUGCCUGCCGGUGCUGCGUUACACGCGGCCCGACCUUGAACGGCCCAUCAAGGUCAACCUCUUCUUCCCCGUGGUGUACAUCAUCUGCACCGUGCUGGUGGUGGCGGUGCCGGCGGUGGCCUCGCCGGCCGAGACGGGCGUCGGCUGCCUGAUGAUCCUCACGGCGGUGCCGGUCUACCUGCUGCUGCUGGAGCCCAGCACGCGCGUGGGCGGCCUCCACUCGGUCACCGACUCCUUCACGAGAUUAGUGCAAAAACUGACUUUGUCGGUGAGACCCAAAACGAAG